AGCAUGAUUUCUAGCCCCAUUUCCACAUUACAAAUGUAUCGUGCCAAUAAAAACAGACGGACAAAUGGCGUUUUCAAACUGUUUGUCACUUCCUCUCGUGACGUCACCGUGUUUGUGUUGAGCAGCCACACAGGCAGAUUAGCCACAAACCUGCAGCUGUUUUCACUUCGUGCAGCCAUCUGAUCUCGGCGUGGCGUCACCCGGUCUGGGUGAAAUGUCCUUUAGUUCCACAUGAGCUCUACUAUGUGGUACAUCAUGCAGAGUAUUCAGAGCAAAUACUCCCUGUCCGAGCGGCUCAUUCGAACCAUAGCAGCCAUUCGCUCCUUCCCACAUGAUAAUGUAGAAGACCUUAUACGCCGGGGAGCUGAUGUGAACCGGAUGCACGGCACACUGAAGCCACUGCACUGCGCCUGUAUGGUGGCUGAUGCCGAUUGUGUGGAGCUUCUGCUGGAGAAAGGUGCCGAGGUAAACGCCUUGGAUGGCUACAACCGCACUGCCCUUCAUUACGCAGCAGAGAAAGACGAGGGUUGUGUGGAGCUGCUUCUAGAGUACGGCGCCCACCCGAAUGCGCUGGACGGCAACAAGGACACCCCUCUGCAUUGGGCCGCCUUCAAAGACAACCCAGAGUGUGUACGGGCCCUCUUAGAAAGCGGCGCCUGCCCGAACGUCCGCGAUUACAACAACGACACGCCGCUCAGCUGGGCGGCAAUGAAGGGAAACCUAGAGAGCGUUCGCGUGCUCCUCGAAUACGGCGCUCAGGUUCAUGUCACCAACUUAAAGGGCCAGACGCCCAUCUCGCGACUGGUGGCUCUGCUGGCUCGUGGUUUGGGCACAGAACAGGAGGAGGAGUGUCUGGAUCUGUUGUGCCGUGCCACCGGGAGGUUCGAGAUCCGCAGAGCCGAUGGCUCAUUACCCCGUGAGCUCAGUAAAGAUCCUCAGUUACUGGCCCGACUCACUAGCCUCGUAGCCCAGCCACCCUCAUUGCGAGCCUUGGCCCGUUGUGCCGUCCGCAGCAGCUUAGGAGUGCAGUAUCUCCCGUCUGCUGUCAAACAGCUACCCUUACCCGAGUCUGUUAAAGAAUAUGUGCUCCUGAGAGACUGAGACGUGAAUUAGGCAUAGAUGUUUUCCAUGUAUGUGAACAUGUGAUUGUAAAUGGGACUCUGAGCUGAAAUCUAGUCGUCUAUAUAGGCUACAGUGGGUUAGUAUGUCAGGAAGUGGCCCGUUUUUUUUUAUUUUUUGCUAUAAUAAUGUCAUCAAACUAAUUCAGAGUUGGGUUGGUGUGGAGAAAUGCCGAUGAGGUCGGAGAGAGGAUUAAUAAUCAGCUUAAUAUAGCAUAUAUGAUCAUAUAUGAAACACUCUAAUCGCUAAACGAUGGAAAUCAGUAACACUUUAAUAGCACUUAAGUUAUAAUCGUCAUGUAUUAAAUUUGUGUUUCAUACUACUUUGUUUAAUUUUUAUUUAUGCCGGAGGAUUUGAUGGUUUUAAACUUGAUAACCGAAGCCUUUAGGUUAAGUUUUAAACUGAAAUAAAUAUUUACUUUAAGUCAUUUUAUAAGUUAAACAUUUUAAGUUCAAAUUGAGCAACGUUGUUUUACAUUUAUUUCCUUUUUAAGCAGAUUUCAAACCAACAUAUUAUUUUUUGGCCAUCUCUCACAGUCAUUAUUAUAAAUAUUGCUCAUGUAAACAACUUUACUACCUGAUUUAGAGUGUUGGAUUGCAUUACUUUUGUUUCGUUUGGUGCUGAUGACUUGCAGAUGAGCUCUGCUUUUACGUUUGAGGUGAAAACAUGAAUCGUCUGUGUCAAUAUUGGGAAUGUUCAUUUUAUUCACCGUGUCAUGUAAGCAUGAUCAUUCCAGAUAUUGGCAGACCAUAUAUAGGAUGUCUUAAAUUAAUACAUGUCAACUUGUCACAUCCUGUGAACCCCAAGAGAUUUUUUGCAGCUGUUCUGUUUUCUUUUCUCUGUUGUUCUAUUGCUAAGACGUAUGUAGUGCUUACAUCUAGUUUCAUGCAUGCAGACUAACCAGUAAAAGCCUCCAUGCAUUGUUCAA